AUGGCCCAAAUCGAUUUCAUAAAUGAAUGCCUAGUUUAUGAGCUUCUGGGGACUAAUAUUCCAGACACAAUUGAUGCACACCUUCCUUAUGGGAGACUCCCUGGGAAGCUUGCCAAAGUCAUUGCGGAGCAAAGUCUUAUCAGGCUUGAUAGCUUGCACCAACAGAAUAUUGGACAUGGAGGUAGGUCACUCUCUUGGGGAUAUUUUGAACAAUUCUCAUCAAGUAUUGAUCUGCAUACCUGCAAUUUGGUCUUCACUAUGCAUUGCAUGGACAAUGUAACUGAAGAAGGCUUUACUGAGAUGCUAGGAAAACCAGAAAUUGGCUAUGUCCAGAGGAGCGAUGGGAAAGGCCUGGAGCCUGGCAUACCUGAAUAUAUUGUUAGGCCUACCUCAUACCGGACACAUUCUUGGAAUCCAGCCCAGUUGAUCAAAAUAAUUGACUUUGUGGAAUCAUUUUUUAACCCACAGCAGUUCCUCAAAACACUACACACACCUCUACCUGUUCGGGCACCUGAAGUUAUAUUUCAAGAUCGCAUUGAUUAUCAUGUUGACUUGUGGAGCAUGGGAUGCAUGGUGGAUGGCAAGGAUACAACAAAUGCAGGGGAAAGCAGAACCACAGAAAACACCGGGCCCAACUUGCAGGCAUGGCUGGAAGAAGUGUACUUUGAAGGCAUGGAGAGUUCCAAUCUCACAAGAGAGGACAUAGUGAGGCUGGGGCAAAUCAUUGGAAAGUUAUUGCAGUUUGAGCUGUCUGUAAGAGCGUCAGCGAGACAAGUUCUAGAUGACCCUUGGUUUAAUGAGUGGUUAGCCCAACGACAAACAGUCAUUACAUCGAGAGCGUGCGUGGCAAACUCAUUGUCAACCAACAAUGUACCUAGCAACUUUCUGAAACCUCUUUGA